AUACUACGAUAAAACUGACGCCUAGGAAACGUGGGUCCAUAAAUUUUUGCUUGCCGGUGUUGAAAUACAAAUAUAAAGAACAUCAAACGUUUCUCACCUCACCUGUCGCCUCCGUUUCAUCUCUUUACAGUUUCGUUUCAUUUCAUCAUAUUUUUCAAUUUCACACUCAUCAAUACUAUAAUAUUUCUACCAUCUCUAUCUCUUUACAACAAUACACAUACACAAACACAACAACAUAGGAGAAAGGAACAAUAUCUCUCAAAUGCUAACAACAACAUGAAAAGGCCAUUGAAACACCACAACAAGAAUCAAGACCCUUUCCAACAAUUACCCGAUGAUGUCGUCCUCCUCAUUCUCACCAAGCUCAGCUCAACUUCUUCUUCUCCUUCCCAUUUCCUCAACAUCCUCUUAACAUGCAAAAGAUUGAACCGCUUAUCUCUUCAUCCAAUAGUUUUAUCAAAAGCUGGACCCAAAGUCCUCUCCGUUAAGCCUCAAAAUUGGUCUGAUACCUCUCACCGUUUUCUCAAACGCUGUGUUAACGCCGGUAACGUUGAUGCCUACUACACUCUUGGAAUGAUCCUAUUUUACUGUCUUCAAAAUCGAAGGAGUGGACUAUCUCUGAUAGCGAAGGCGGCAAUGAAGAUGCACGCGCCGGCGUUAUACUCACUCGCUGUGAUUCAGUUCAACGGAAGCGGUGGCACUAAGCAAGACAAAGAUCUACGCGCUGGAGUGGCACUUUCUUUACGCGCGUCACUUCUCGGUCAUAUCGACGCGCUUCGUGAGUUGGGUCAUUGUCUUCAAGACGGUUAUGGAAUCGAGCAGAACGUCACGCAGGGACGACGGUUGUUGGUACAGGCUAACAUGCGUGAGCUAGUAUUUGUCUUACGCGCUCUUAUGUUAGAUUCACCUUCACGCGCCGCCAGUUCCUGUCAAGGGAGGUUGACUAGCCUCAGAAACAUUACCGUGCCACCGUUGAUAAGUGCUAAUGUGUAUAACAUGAACUUGACCGUGCCGGAUGUGCAUCCGGCGAACGGGUUUUUGAGAGAGUGGUUUGAAUCGGGUCGGGGCACAUUGGAUGAUGGGUUAAGGUUGUGUGCACAUAUUGGAUGCGGACGGGCAGAGACGCGGCCACAUGAGUUUCGACGGUGUUCCGUGUGUGGUAAGGUGAAUUAUUGUUCGAGGGGAUGUCAAUCGCUCGAUUGGAAAUUGCGGCAUAAGACCGAGUGUUCACCGGAAUUGUGGUUUAAUGAGAAUAAUGGUGGUGGUGGUGAUGUUAAUAUGGAAAAUGACAUGGUCGUGGCCCAUAACGCAGCUGUUUAAGGUAAAACAAACAAAAAAAGGUGUUAGAAAAAACUGACAUGUUAGUGAUAUAACUUUUUGUAUGUAGUGCUGGUGCAAAUUUUUUUGUUUGUUUUGCAGUUUGAAAAUUGUUGUUACUUGUUAGAUGCAAGUAAAAUCAGAGUUCUCUAUUCAAAACUUGUUA